AUGAUUAUCGCUAGGAAAAAACUCCAACUUCAAAGAUUAUGGAGGCAAAGAGGAUGUCGAGUGACGACGUACAUCUGUCUAGGAGUCCUCGUUCUAUUUGGAUUUGUAUAUAAUAACAAAGGAAAGACUUUCUCUUCUCUUGAUUCCAAUAGUGCUGCUCUGAAAUUCGAUGAUUUGGAUGAACUGACUAACAAAGAACUUCCUGGAGGACCGGAUCCGAACACUAUUUUCCGAGAUGGUGAACUGGGAAAUUAUGAGCCUAAAACGCCAGAAAUUCCGUCAAAUCAACCUGGAGAACAUGGUCGACCUGUUCCUGUAACCGAUGAAGAAGGAAUGGCGGCUGGAAGAGCAGCAGAGAAAGAAUUUGGUUUCAAUACAUACGUCUCUGAUUUGAUCUCAAUGAAUCGAACUAUUCCGGAUAUUAGACCGAAAGAGUGCAAGCAUUGGGAUUAUCCAGAGAAUCUACCGACUGUUUCAGUAGUUAUUGUAUUCCAUAACGAAGGAUGGACUCCAUUGUUGAGAACUGUUCAUUCGGUGUUGCUCAGGUCACCACCAGAGUUGAUUGAAUCGAUUGUCAUGGUUGAUGACGAUUCUGAUAAACCUCAUCUCAAAGAAAAGCUGGACAAGUAUGUGACUCGUUUCAACGGAAAAGUAAUCGUAGUCCGAACCGAACAACGCGAAGGACUCAUCAAUGCUCGUUCAAUUGGAGCGAAACACUCAACAGGAGAAGUCGUUCUCUUCCUCGAUGCUCACUGUGAAGUCAAUACCAAUUGGCUUCCACCACUUCUGGCUCCAAUCAAACAGAAUCGAAAAGUCAUGACAGUUCCAGUUAUCGAUGGAAUCGACUCGAAUUCCUGGGAAUACAGAAGUGUGUACGGAAGUCCGAAUGCUCAUCAUUCUGGAAUUUUCGAGUGGGGAUUGUUGUACAAAGAGACUCAAAUCACUGAAAGAGAAUCGGCUCAUAGACAGCACAACAGUCAGCCAUUCCGUUCGCCAACUCACGCUGGAGGUCUUUUCGCUAUCAAUCGUUUGUGGUUCAAGGAGCUCGGAUAUUAUGACGAAGGACUUCAAAUCUGGGGAGGAGAACAGUACGAAUUGAGUUUCAAGAUUUGGCAAUGUGGAGGUGGAAUCGUUUUCGUUCCUUGCUCGCAUGUUGGUCAUGUUUACAGAAGCCAUAUGCCUUAUGGUUUCGGAAAGUUCUCUGGAAAACCAGUGAUUUCUAUUAACAUGAUGCGUGUUGUGAAAACAUGGAUGGACGAUUAUUCAAAAUAUUACUUAACCCGUGAACCACAAGCUGCCCAUGUGAAUCCAGGAGACAUAUCUGCUCAACUUGCUCUUCGUGACAAGCUUCAAUGUAAAUCAUUCAAAUGGUAUAUGGAGAAUGUUGCCUAUGAUGUUCUAAAGAGUUAUCCCCUUCUUCCACCUAAUGACGUAUGGGGAGAGGCUAGAAAUCCGGCAACUGGAAAAUGUCUCGAUAGAAUGGGUGGUAUUCCUGGACCACUUGGAGCAUCUGGAUGCCAUGGAUACGGUGGAAAUCAGUUGAUUCGAUUAAAUGUGCAAGGACAAAUGGCUCAAGGAGAAUGGUGUCUGACAGCAAAUGGAAUUCGAAUUCAAGCUAAUCACUGUGUCAAAGGAUCAGUUAGUGGAAACUUCGUAUAUGACCGGAAUACGCAACAAAUUCAACACAACACUAAACGAAUGUGCAUUACAAUUUCCGAAGCUGGAUCUGACGUAUCGUUGGAAACCUGUACUGAAGAUAAUCAACGACAGAAAUUCGUGUGGAAGGAGUAUUACCAAUCCAGUUAA